GCCACGGCUGCAGUAGCAGCCACGACGCGCUCAGUGAUACGCUGCAUCCACUCCAUAUACACUCCGUUUAACAAACCCCCUCCACACACACACACACAAACACACAGCAGUUUGCAGAGUGGACCGGACAAGUCAUGCCCGCCAAGAACAAAAACAAGAGCGUUAACUCGAGCGACAAACCCGCAGUAAAUCCUCAGGAUGACGCGGCGAAGAAAAGCCCGAAACUGAGUAAAGCGGACAGUUCUGGUAACUCUAAACCCGGCCCGGGAAACCUCACAAAGUUCCUGUCUGCCCUGUCUUACUUGGUUCUAGUGUCCGGAGCCGCUUUCGCCUCUUUCUACCUGCAGAGAGUGCUGACUGAAGUGAACCAGAUCCGCUCCGAGAGUGAAGAAGCCCUGCGGAAGAACGCCGAGGUGCUGCAGAAAGUAGAAGACGCAGUUCAACAGGUGAAUUCCAUGAAGUUUUCCCUGGAGGGUCUGGAGGCUGCAGUGGGCCGUACACAGGCUGAACUGGAAAGCACUAAUCGAGCUAUAAUAAAAGGAGAAACAGAGACAAGACGGGUUGAAGAAGUGCUUCAGAAACUCCAGAACGAAAUCCUUCGGGACCUUUCUGAGGGCAUCCGGGAAGUGAAACAGGCACGGGAGCAUGAUUUCUCCUCUCUGGAGAAAACCCUGGAGGUGCGUCUGGCUGAGCUGAGCCGCUCUAUCGCUGACAGCGUAGCCGAGUUCACCGGUGCUCAAGAAGAAGCACAAGCCCAGCUCAGUGACCUCAAAGUUAGACUGGGAGAGCAGAAUGAACCGGGUAAUCUCAAAGAAGAACUUCUGUCCAUCACCACUGCUGUGGCCAACCUCCACACUGCAAAUGAGGUGGCAGAUGGCAACAUAGGUGUUCUCAGGGAACAGAUUGCAUCAGUCAGUUCAGAGCUUCAGACAAGGAACAAAGAGGUGGCAUCUUUGUCUGAGGAAAUUGAGACUGUCAGGUCUCUUGUGCAGACCACUGCUGGCUCAUUGAGGCAGGAGGUAUCUGCAUCGCAGGCAAUUGUGCAGGGUGUAUCUGACCAGAUCCAAAAUAUGCAGCAUAAUCAGCUUCACACCAGCCAAGCCCUACAGAGCCUGCAGAUAGACCUCAGGGGAGAACUGUCUAAGACAGAGACAAGGGAAGACGAACUGGAGGCCAGGCUUAAGAUCGCAGAAGGAAGCCUAGAAGCACUGGCGAACUCGGCUGCAGAGCAGGCAAGCCGAGUUGAGACAUUUCUCUCCAAAUAUGACUCGCAUGAGAGCUCAUUAGCUUCCCAGAGCCAGGUGGCUGAGAAGGCCAGGCAGGCACUCAAAGAUGAGCUUGGGGGGUUAAGAAGUAGCCUUGGGGAUCUCCAGGCCAGCAUAGAAGCUUUGUCUGACACUAAUACCAGGUUGGAAGGAGUGGAUAUGGCUUUGCAAGAGUCAGUGCUACAAACUGAGCAGCUGCAAAAUGAUAAGUCAGAGAAUGCUGGUCAGGAAGAAGAGGCAGCAGUAGAUGGGGUAGCUGAAGAAGACUUAACAGCAGAGGAGGAAGUUGAGGAAGAGGCAGAAGCAGAGGAGGUAGUUGAAGAAGAGGUAGCAACAGAAGAGGCAGUUGAAGAAGACUUGGUAACAGACGAGGUAGCUGAGGAGGAAUUUGUAGAUGAGGAAGUGCCGUCUGAGGAGGAUGAGAGACCAUGAGUAAUGCAAUUUAUAGUCUAAACCUGUAGGGGGUAAAAUAUGAUAAUGGGACAGUCAAUGGACAAAUUAUGUGAAACUGAAAAAUACACUUCCUGCACUGUUGUUUAUCUCUUCAUGGACCUAUUUUCAUAAAGAUGUCUUCCAAUGCCAGCUGCUCUAAAUGUUUUGAAUGUCUCAUGAGUGCUAAGUUUUCCAAUAAAAUAUUUAAAACUUUAA